AUGAGUUCCGUUCAGGCUCAUCCAACUAGCCGUAAAGGCUAUGAGGACUUGGUCCUCACCCGUACCCAGGCCCGGAUGAUCCUUGUGUUUUCUUACUUGGUCAAACCUGAGGCCCGCCCCUCCAACUUUGAGGAGCAACUUCUUGGUCUCAGUCUUCCUGAGACUCCCAUCAUCGAGACCAAGACCAACACCAAUGCCGAAACCGCUGCCACUGCCACUUCAUCCACCACCAAUGAGGCAGCUACCCCUGUGACCAACCAAGCAUCCAUUACCUCGUCGACUUCCGGAAGUGACUCCCCAUCUGUUCCCGAAUCGUCAAUGGCUGCAAAACGUGCUUCAAACGCACAGUCUGUCAACGCAUGUGGUGCGAAAAUUAUUAAUGACACUAGCGCCAAAUCCGCUGCAAUUGACGUUUCCAAGAAUCCAGUUGACCAUUCUGUUUCCACCAGCACUCCUCAAGGUGCAAAAACCGGAAAAAAGAAGAAGCUGAGAGCUCUGAAGGUCCAAAAAAAGCUGUCGCUGCGCGAAGCUGUCAAAGCAAGUGUUGAUAAUGUACCUGCAGAUGUGGCUGCAAAUGUUCCUGCACCCACCGCAGAUGCUGUUGCAACUAUUUCCGAGAAAUCUGGGGAUAUUCCAUCCAAGGAGAACCCAGUUUCCGUCUGUGAGUCCCCUGUCGAUGCCGCUGAAGCCCCCUUGAAGCCUGAACUCCCCCAACAGGUGUUUGUGGUCGUUGAUGCGCACAAACAAAUGGCUGCAAAUCAGGUGUCUGGAUGCAGUUCCAAGACCAAUGUGACUUCUGAAGCUAGUAACUCAUCUGCAGCUGACAAGCGGAAAGAACACAAGAGAAGACAAAGGGCUAAGGCUGUUGAGGCCAAACGUUUGGAACGGGAGGCUGCGUAUCAGGCCGCCAAGGCUGAAGCUUGCAAGAUGAGAGGUGCGAACAAUGUUUCUAAGUCCACUUGGACUGUGGUUACUAAGCCCAAACGUGGUGAUAAGAAACCAAAAUCUCACAAGCGAAAGAUGGUGGAUGUUUCCCAGAUGUACCGUCCUACGGAGGACGAGUCCGAGAAACCUCAAGUGGAAGUUUCACAAACGGAAGCAUCUAAGGAAGAUAUGGACCUUAAAACUGCCAUGGAAGUUUCGCAGACGGAAACAUCCAGGGAAGAUUUGGACCUUAAAGCUGCCCUUAAGGCUUCUGAAAUUGAAGUUGAAAAGGUUAAAGCCGCUAAUAUUCAAGCCAAGAAGAUUGAGGCUGGGAAUACUAAAGCUGCAAUGAAAGCUAGCAUGGUUGAAGCCGAAAAGAAAGCUUCUGAGUUUUGGACUCUAGUUGGACCAAAGCGUGGGAAAUCGAAAUCCCACACUAAGACCAAGCCACUGAAAGUAGGCGACUCCAAGAUGAACCGUCCUAAGAAGGACGAGUCCGAGAAACCUCAAGUGGAAGUCACAAAUGUGGAAGACUCACAAAUGGAAGCAUCUAAGGAAGAAAUGGAGUUCAAUGCUGCCAUUAAGGCUUCCCAGGAACUAGCCGACAGACUUGAAGCUGAAAAGGCUGAAAAGGCUGAAGCUGACAGAAACGAAGCAGCUGCUCCUAAGGCUUCUAAGAUCGAGGCUGACAGACUUGAAGCCGAAAAGAUUGAAGCCGAGAAAAUUGAAGCCGAGAAGACCGAUGCUGCUGAGACUGAAGCUGACAGAUUCGACGCCAUUAUUAAAGCUGCCGUUGAGGCUAAGGUUGCAGCCGCUAUGGAAGCUUUCAAGAACCAAGCUGCGGAGGUGUCUCAGGAAGCCUCGGAGAAAGUUCCUAAGAAGGUUACCUUUUCUCCUGUGGUUGCCCAGUACGAGAUACCCAACAGAGAAGAUAUGCUUGAAGCAUCUCAAGUUGAAUCUCCGCUGGUCGAAGCAACUCAGAAUGACACUGAGAACAAAGCUAAACGCCUAAAGACUCCAGAGCAAGCCGAAAGAGUGAAAGAGAAAAGAAGAGCAUACCGCAUCAGAAAAUCCAACAAGAAGCAGUUGGCGCGGGAGGCUCAGGCUCUUGAGGCUCCUUGCGAUGCUGAAGUUUGCGAGGAGCAAGCUGACGAUUCCAACAAUGCGGAGGUUUCCAACAAUGAUGUUGCAACUGAAGCUGCCGAAGCUGCUGAAGAUACUGUCGAAGCUGACACUGAAGCUGCUUAUGUUGAUCCCUUUGGUUCCACCAAGACUCCGGCACAAGCUGACAAACGAAGGACUAAGAGAGCAAGACAGCGUGCCUUUAUUUCCGAGUGCAAACGUUUGUACAGCGCUUCUGAAGUUUAUCUUGACUUUCUCCAGAAUGAUGUGGAGACUGAGGUUGAGAUGGAAGCUGAUGUGGAGACUGGCAUUGUGAUGGAACCAUUUAUGAUCGAAGCAUCCAACCUUAAUGCCGAGAUUGAAGCGAUCGUAAAGGAAGUUGAGGACGUAGCUUCCACUAAUGAAGUUGCGAUUGAAGCUUUGGAGAAAGCUGUCCUGGACCAGAAGAAGGAUCUUGUGUUCCUCGAGUUUGAAGCUGAGGACGACGCCUUGGAGUUCGAGAAUUUCGAGCUCGAACAAGCAAAGCAAGAUGCUGCUUUCAAGGCCGAGAUUGAAGAAUUGGAAAAGGACUUUGGGCUUUGGAUGGAGAAGAAGGUUGACAGUGUUGAAGGGGACGUUCAACCAGUUGCUGCUGUUCAAGAGAUCAUUGAGAAGAAACAAGUUGUGGAAGUUGACGAGAGGACGGAAGAAGAUAAGGACACAAAGGUACGCGAUGACAUUGAUGCAAGAUGGGUUGCCUUGGGAAUACCUCCCAGGUUCACGGAUUGGCUGGCACUUCCUGUAGAUUCUGAUACACCAGAUUUACGGGAAGAAUCCGAACCUGAGACAACAUCUCCCAAGGUACCGUCUACAUCUUUGGCCGCUACCGAUAGUCCUUUGAAGCCUGAAAUCACGAUAACUCCCACCGACUCGAUUACUCCCAAUGAUCCAUUGACACCAGAGGACUUGGAAGGAAAUCCCAUUGAGAUUGUUGUUGAAACCGACUCCGAUGUUUCUGAGUUUCACCAGACUGAGAUGGUGAAAUGUGAAGUCAACGAGGAUGCCAAAGCAAUUGAACAAGCUGCUGGUACUGGGGAACCAAAUGCACUUGACAUUGCUGACGAAGAUGCAUCCACAGAAUUCCUUUCAGAAAAGGAAGAUUUGUGGGAAGGAUCCUGGCUCCAAGCCAAGGUCACUGCCCGGACCGAGACCAUCUUGGAGGAGGACGAAGCUGAAGACGAAGUCGAAGCUGAGGAUGAAGUCAAAGCUGAAGUCCACGCUGAAGUCCAAGCUGAAGUCCAAGCUGAGGUCGAAGUCGAAGCUGAAGCUGAAGUCAAAGCAGAGGGAGAUGAAGUCAAAGUCGAAGCUGACGUUAAAGUCGAAGAAGUCGAUGCUGAGGAAGAAGUCGAAAUUGAAAUCAAGGACGACCAGAUUGUCUACGGAUCCAUAUUCCGCCAAUCUGAGGAGAGUCUUGAUUGCGCCUUUGGAUCCUACUGCUUCUUCGAUGGACUUGCUGCUGACCAGCUUCAAUAUGAUGCCGAUGGUACUGACAAUCUUGGAAAUCUCUUGACUGGGUCGAGUCUGAUCAACUCCACCCAGCCUCUUCUUGGGGAAUCACAGAAGAAACAUCUUCGUCAACGGAUGUCUUUGAGAUUCAAGAGAAUUGCCAGGAAAUGCAAAUCGGCAUCGCACAAGAUCGGUUCCAAGGUUGAAGAUGCUCUUGCCAAGGUUGCAGAGGCGAGACAUCAAAGACCAACUCAGGUUGGUACCGGUCUGUUCCAUUGGGACGGCGACCAUGUGGAGGCUUGUAUUUCAAUUGGAGAGUAUGAGAGUUGCUCCUCUCCAAGGCCUCGUAGGCACAGGUUGAGGAAAUUCUUUGGCUUCUAUCAGUCAUAG